AUGCCUGCCGGUACCCCCAACAGUCGCCGAGGGAAGAAUUCCUCCUUGACCAUCAUCUUGAAGGUGCCAGGGCACUCACUAGCCCAGCUCAUGCUCAGUAAUCAGGGCACCCCAGAGCUCAAGGACCGCUCGUCACCAGCCUCCUCGGGGGAACCACCCGCGGUUCGUCCAUCCUCCGCCGACAAUGGCUCCGACGACGCCAACUCGACACCCGCCACCGGGGCGACACCAGGCGACACGCCGCGUCGGAAAGCUGUCCCGGGCCCAAAGCCAGGCAACAAGCGACCAAACGGUCAAACCGACGCCAAGUCGCGUGGACGACCUGGCCCCAAGAAGAAGCCCAAGAUUGAUGAAGGCGACAAACUCCCUGCUGCCCAGCGCCUUGGGCCCAAAGCUAAUACGGGCGCCAUCAACGCUGGUCUGCGUGCCCUCGACCGCACUGGCUCCGCUUGUCGCAAGUGGGAGCGCAAACCGCUACAACUUCGCAGCUUUACCGGUAUUAUGUGGCAGCUACCCUCGUGGCGCACACCCGGCAUCGCAGACAGCAAGCUUGACAGCGAUAGCAAGCUUUUGGUCCCAGAGUUCAGCAGUGCUGUACCGAGUGAGAAGAGCGGAGAUGGAGAUGUGACACCUGCGUCGCAAAUGGUGGAACCCUCAUCGCCAGCCAUCCUCGCAGCAUGA